AGGGAAGUGGCGCAAACGGGUGGAUCGCUCCGCAGAGUGUUCGCGUCGAAGCUGCCGCCGCCGCCCCCUGUCCCGACCCCCCCUCCCCUGGGUUCCCUCAGCCCAGCUCGGUCCAGCCCGGUUCCCGGGAGAAUGAAGUUCGUUUAUAAGGAAGAGCAUCCGUUCGAGAAGCGCCGCUCUGAGGGCGAGAAGAUCCGGAAGAAAUACCCGGACAGGGUCCCGGUGAUAGUAGAAAAGGCUCCCAAAGCUCGGAUAGGAGACCUAGACAAAAAGAAAUACUUGGUGCCUUCUGAUCUCACAGUUGGUCAAUUCUACUUCUUGAUCCGGAAGCGAAUUCAUCUCCGAGCUGAGGAUGCCUUAUUUUUCUUUGUCAACAAUGUCAUUCCACCCACCAGUGCCACGAUGGGCCAGCUGUACCAGGAACACCACGAAGAAGACUUCUUUCUAUACAUUGCCUACAGUGAUGAAAGUGUCUACGGUCUGUGCAGCUGCUGUCCCUGAGGUGGGGCGUUCCAUUCUACAAAGAGAGGUGGUGCUCCUUCCUUGACUUCCACCUCCUCCAGGCUCAAACACCAUCUCCCUUCUUCAGGACCUUCACUUAAUGUUUGAGGCUCUUUCCAGCCCCUCUUAGCAAGAGGGGUAGUAGGAGACAUGGCUUCUCAUACCUCUCCUUUCUCACCUUGGCUCUCCAUUCCCUUUCUGCUUUAGACUUCUCGAUUGUCAGUCUCCGUCACAUCCAAUGAUUGUUUUGGUUUCUAUUUCCUAACUGCUUAAGGGGCUCAGAACCACAACAGUCCCUUUCACUACCUUCUUUUUGGGGGAUAGAUGGAAGGGACUGAAAUUGUGGGGGAAGGUAGGAGGCAACAUCAAUAAAGAGGAAACCACCAAGCUGAAUUGAAA